AUGAAGUCUAUAAUAAAUCUUGAAGAUGUUACUAUUGCUACAUUUAGAGGCGAGGCGAAUCAUUUUGAUUUUACUGACGAAACAGUUUUAAAUAUUAUUGGACAUAGAGGAGUUGGUCAAAAUACUAGUCAUGUACUGGAGAAUACGGUAGAAUCUUUUAAUAUGGCCUUUGAUAAAGUAGAAUGGGUAGAACUAGAUGUGCAGCUUAUUCAGAACAGUGUACCAAUAGUACACCAUGAUACUUUGUUUUUUAAUAAAGAAGAAUACUGUUAUUUUAGCGAGAAUAAAGAUAAGAUAUAUAAAGAGAAUGAUAAAUUAUUGCCUCAGACAUUAGAUUAUGUACUGAAAAAUAUAAUCAAAGGUGGAAAAAUAAAUCUCGAGAUAAAGUAUCCGCUUUUUCAAGAUUCGCUAUACUUGAACCUAUUAAACACCAAAGAAGACGGAGAUAGCCCUCUUUUAAAAUAUUUUAAUGCUGCCCUGCAAUACGAUAAACAAAAAUAUUAUUUAGAUUACGAUGUUCCUACAUUAAUAGAUUCAAUACUUAAUGUGAUAUAUCUUAAUAAUUUUAGAAAUAUUAUUUUCUCAUCUUUUUCACCUUCGGUGUUGUUAAAUCUUAAGACAAGAGUUCCACAAGCAAGAAUUUUAUUAUUAAUUGAUGUAUAUCUGGAAGAAUUGGUAGAUUUUUGUUUAAAAGUAGAUCUAUCGGGAAUAGUAUUUAAGUUUGAUUGCUUAAACGAAGAAAAAAUUCGAAAAUUAACGAAAGUAAUUGAUGUAUAUGUCUAUAAUGUUAAGACUAGACACGAUUAUGAUUUUUGUAUGAAAAUGGGAAUUAAAGGGGUCAUAACAGAUUAUAUUAAUGAUCUUUUAAGCGAGAAUGAUGCAUAA